GCAACUUCACCCGCGUUAACUUAAGUUUUUUGAGAAUCCCUCUGAAACCUAACAUAUUGUUACGUUCCCGGAUGUAGUUCGAAAUUAUAACGCCAGUAGGUCACGCUAGACUGUUCUUUAUUCACCACACAGUUCACUGAGUAAAUACUCAAUAUUAAUCACAACAGACUCACUGUCCACUAUACGAGUCCUUAUACAAUUGCACUUGAACACUUUACUUGCACUUUAAUCGCCUUCAUCAUCGUUCCGAAAUCGCUGUUGAAAUUCAACUGUUAUCGUCUUGAAAGUAAAACUGUCACUGCACGGAGUCGAGCGUUCAUAUAAACGGCAAUCGAUGUAUCCCAGAGAAAUCCAGUUCAUUGAGAGUACCCGCAAGUACUUAUAUGCAGGUAGCACGCAUGAGUUGUAAACAAGUUGGCAGCUGUCAUUUCACUUUCACCCUUACCCCUAACUGCCAAGAUUCACAUUCGAGUAGACUGCAACAGUAGGUCGUCGUAUUUAGGUACUUCGGGUCGCUAGAACAUUAAGCAACAGCAUUGACGUUCUGAGUAGAUCUAUUUUGAGACUGUUCGUGGCAAUAAUUUCAGGAUAAAAAGUAUCCUAUGGCUCUCAAUCCUGUGCAAAAAAGCAUGUCUGCCAAGUUUCAUCCAUUCGUCCACCAGCAACUUCGUCCGCGUUAGAAUUCCACAGGAACCUAACAUUUCUGCGGGAUAGAAAGUAUCCAAUGUUUUAUUCCAGGUCAUAAACUUAUGCGAACCAUAUUGCAUACAAAUCUGUUCAGUAUUUUAUGCGGGUAUGAGAAACAAACAUACAAACUUUCACAUUUAAAAUACUAGUGGGAUAAGUAAGAUGAUGUAUAAACUGAUGAAAGAUUCGUAGACGAUAUACUUCGGGAAAUUUUUAUCCUACGAAUGCGAAUUAUGAGACAGGUUAGAAAUCAUUGUGUAAUUAGUUUGCAAGCAUUAUAUGAUUCAUCCUCCGUAAUCGAAUCGAUACUCUGCUAGGUUUGGUUACUAUAAACGGUCGGCCUUAGCAUUUGUCACACUAUUUGAUAUGUGUACUUUAUCAUUGCACUAGUACUUGUGGAUUUUUAAUGUGACAAACCCGGUCUACGACCGGACUUUUACUGGCGCCGAUGGUCCCGUGGAAGGGGUUUAUUUGUAAAUAGUAAAAAAGGGACUAAAUUUCAAAAUGACAGUUGAAAAACAAGCUUUUGGAUCGAAUAGAAUGCAGACAGUAACAAAACUAGUACCCCCCGAUGGAGGAUGGGGUUGGAUGGUUCUCAUAGGUACAGCUCUCUCUAACAUAUUCAAUCAAUCUAUGCUGUCUCUAUUCAGUUUGCUAUACGGAGGUGCUUUAGAGGCCAUGGGACAUAAGACGCAAGGAGCGGCGGUGGUAUUAAGCACUAUGUUAUUCGUAACAAAUUUCGGCGGACCUAUAGCAGGUGCCCUAGUUAAAUUGUCUUCGGCAAGAGUGGUCGCCGUUGCCGGCGCUUGCUCCUGCACUCUUGGCAUAUUUUUCAGUGGAUUUUCAACAAAUAUUUGGCACCUCACUUUAACUUACGGAGUGUUAUUAGGGUUGGGACUAGGUUUCAUACAGAACUCAUCAUUUGUGGCUAUAAAUGGCUACUUCAAGCUGAGGAAAAGCCGAGCUGUGGGUCUCGCCAAUGUGGGAACAGGUGUGGGUCAAACUGUAAUGCCUCACUUAGUUAGAUACCUGCUAGAAACUUAUGGCUUUACAGGCGCCUGUUUGAUCCUGUCUUCUCUGAGUUUACAUGGGAUAUGUGGAACAUUACUCAUUCAGCCAGUAGAACGACACUUGAAAAAAAUUGAAGUUGAAGUGGAGGUAGAUGAAACUGUACAGUUAUUAAAAGAAUCACAUAAAGACAUUGUAAUAAGGAAAAAUUCGAAUACACGUAAUGAAAUAUCAAAUGUGCUGGGUCGACGUGCGACGGAUCCCAAUUUUAAGCAACAAAAUGGAAGCGAAAAUGGAAAAAUAUCUAAUAGCACUAUUAAUGUCAAAGAUUUAAAAAAUGAAAACACAACUGUAUCCGAACCAGCAGCAGAAAAAGGAUGGCUUAAGAAAAUGUACGAUUUAUUCGAUAUAUCACUAUUAUCAAGUCCUCGCUUCUUGAAUAUCAUUAUCGGCACAGCUCUCUCUGUUACAUCAAUUCAAAAUUUCAGUAUGCUCUAUCCUUUCUUCUUACAGAAAGUGGCCAAGAUGAACUUGCACGAGACAGCUAUGUGCAUGUCCGCUGUAGCUGGAGCCGAUAUAGCUGGCCGUCUUAUCUUACCUAUAUUCCAAGAUAAAUAUAAAAUCAAGGCCCGUUGGAUGCUUAUCAUGACGAGCGUGUGGUUGAUCGUCAUCAGACAAAUUCUGGCAUACCAAACUGAUUUCAUAGUGCUGAUUGCAAUGUCCUGCCUCUACGGAUUCGGCAGAAGUAUGGUAAUUGUCGCAAGAAACAUAGCCAUUUCAGAAAACUGCAGGCCAGAGCAAGUACCCGCCGCAGUUGGUCUUGGAAUGUUAACAAUGGGAAUCAUCGUUCCCCCAGCAGGAUAUUUCUUAGGAUGGAUCAGAGAUUAUACCGAAAGUUAUAUCAUCUGCAUAACAGCACAAAACUUAUUAUUGAUCAUAUUAUUGAUGACGUGGGUACCGGAUAUGAUUUUGCUGUGGUUAAAAGAAAAAAGAGAAAACAAAAAAGACUUAAACCAUAUUCAACUAUCAUGAAAAUGAUUGGUAGAAAGCUUAUUGGUGCAUCUACUUUGCAUCUCUCUAGAAGCAACUCAACUCAACAACAAGAUUAACAAAUAACAAAGGUCAAGUACCUUACAAAUGAAAUGGCUGUGAAUAUAUAUGGUGGGAACAAGUGUACAGAGAUAUUGUUACUUAAGAUUGAUACCAGUUUAGAACAAAAACUUAGUGCCUAUUAUUGUAUAUUAUUAAGAAAGUAAGUUCAUGUUAUGGUUGUUCUAUAGCCAGUCGAAUAGCGAUGGUUACGUAUAAACUCUCUAGUCUAAUAUUUAAUAAAUAAUAGAAAAAUUAGCUUUAUUUUUGUUGUUUCUUUCACGUGAAUCUUGUAUCAUAAUACUAACGUUAAGCUUAGUCGUAAUCCUAAUCUUGCUGAUAAAACAUAUAUGUAUUGCAAUGCCAAGGAUAAGCAUUAGCAGAAAUGACACACGACCAAAAUAAACAAAGUGACACUCCAGAGGUCGAGUAAAUCCCGAGUUAAGACAACAGGUUCGUGGAGAAUACAAGCAAAAUAUAAAGGUGUUAGUAGCUUUCAUAAAUAUACCUCGGAUAAUGUGUGUAACGGCCGCAGCGAUCACUGCCAAAACAUCUCAUGUUUUAUGCAAAAGUGACACCGGUGGAUCCCUGAUACAUGAAAUUGUCGCCUUUACACAUGCGGCCAGUUAGUAUAGCUACACAUAAUAUUAAGUAUGCAUACACUCACAAUUUCGGUUUCUUGAUACCGUUGUUAUUGAAUAUAAAAACUUUCUUAAUCACUAUUCUCAGUACUUAUUGUUUGUUUUGUUCAAAUAGAAAUCCAGUGUUUUUAAUUACUGAAUUUCUAUUAAGUUGAAUUACAUUACAUUACUAAUGACUACAUAACUUUAACUUAAUGAAAACUUAGACAUUACAAUAAGUUAUUACAAAAUCAUUUUCGAUAUAUUACAUAAAAAUAUUAUAUUUUCGAGGAAAUCUACUUCCAAUGCUAUAUCAAAAUUGGCAUACAAAAUAAGAUGGAAAAUCCCUUGUCCAAGUAGAUAAUAUAAAUUUUGGAUCUACGAGUAUCAAAAGAGUUGUAUCAUACAACUCUAACUUACAUUAUCAAAUAACAUGUUAACCAAAAGCAUAUUAAAUCAAUUUACAACUCACAAUAAAUCAAUAACACUUUCAAUGUCCAAAAGUCUUACCAAAAGUAGGUACCUAAUUGGUAUUUUCUCUGUCAUCAUACAUUAAUUAGAUAACACGAAAUUUCUUGCUGCAAACUUCCAACGCUGCGGGACGUGGCUUCCCGGCGACUACGCUACGAGGGGAAACCUUACAAACAGUUGUUUGUGUAAUAUGAAUAUAUUUGUAUUUAAUUUAGUCGCCGCUAAAUAAAUUCAUUUUCUCCGUGCUCUGGGUAGCGCGUAAAUCUAGAGGGUCCUUUUCGUAUUUCCGAGGAAAGACCACUGGAUUACUUUCCACGCUCAGAAAUUCGUAUAUAUCGUUGGCUGUCAACGGUUUUACAGAGCUAUGAGUGGAAAAAAGUCUUGUUUUUUGUGUACGUCCACCUACCUAUCUUUCUAUCUUUUUGAUGCUGAUAUACUGAAGGUACAGUAAAAUUUCUGUAUGAUGUUCUUAGAACUAUUUACAACAUUCUUCUAGCUAGCUACAAUUUAAUAGCAUUUCCCGCGACGACAUACAAGGCUAUCCGCCUUUUUUUCAUCAUCAUCAUCAGCCUAUUAAUGUCCCUACAGCAGGAGCACAGGCCUUCCCUAUUGAUGGAAUAUAUGCAUAUAAAAAAUGGCCGUGACCCACCUCACGGGCCCAGUGCGGAUUUGCAGGUGCUAACGACUGCAGAUGCAGCCGGGACCAACGGCUUAACGUAUAUAGGUUGAUGGGUUUUUGGUCACCCAUUCAAUGACCGACCAUUACUAAAGCUGCUUAACUUUCACGAUUGAUUUUACUAACCACCUGCUCCAUCGAGCUUCUCAACUAUGUCUAUUAUAUAUAAUGUUAUUCAGAUCUAGGUAUUUUUAUUUUAGAAUAAAAAAACGGAAAGAUUUUGAAAAUUUUAUGGCAGUAAAAAUUUACAAAACCAGUGAAUAAAGUAGACCUACCUACUAAAAGCUACGAAAUUAAGGCAUCAUCAACUGGCGUAAUAAUAGCAGUAUUGUCACAGUUAUUGCUAAGGUCGUGUUUUUUCAUCGAUAGUGACAUUUGACUACAGUUAAUGCCACAUCAAGUACAUAGUAAUUGUGUCAAAUUUUGACAUGUGCUAUUUUUAUCAAUGUAACUAAAAUUAUACUAUAGUUAAAUCCUAUAGAAAAUAUUACCAUUCACUAAAUGUAUUUGCCGUGACAUUAACUGUAGUCCCGCUAGUCUAAUUUAGCCCAGACAAAAUUAGCGCCGUUAUUUGUAUGUGCUUCGUUUUACUGAAUUCUAAAUCAAAAUAUGUGAAAGCUACAAACUGGUUCAAAAGAUUAAUAACAACCUCCGUGACCGAGUGAUUUGCACGCCAGGUUUCAUCGUGUUGCCGACUCGAGAGGUCCCGGGUACAAAUUCCUGUGAAGGCAGAUGUUUGUGUGAUGAAUACGAGCAUUUGUACUCCAGUCAUGCAUGUUUAAUAUGUAUUUCUAUAUAAAUAUACUUA